AUGGCGCAGCCCAAGCUGACGAUCCUGGCCGCGGUAGCGCUGGCCGUGUUGGCCCUCGCCAGCGUCGCUUCCGCCGAGCAGGGCGGCGGCUUCGUGGUCACCGGCCGCGUGUACUGCGAUCCCUGCCGCGCGGGGUUCGAGACCAACGUCUCCAAGAGCGUGCCGGGCGCGACGGUGGAGGUUGUCUGCCGCCAGUUCGGCGCGAGCAAGGAGACGCUGAAGGCGGAGGCGACGACGGACGAGUACGGGUGGUACAAGCUGGAGAUCGACCAGGACCACCAGGAUGAGAUCUGUGAGGCGGUGCUGGCCAAGAGCUCCGACCCGGCCUGCGCCGAGGUCGAGGAGUUCCGCGACCGCGCGCGCGUCCCGCUCACCUCCAACAACGGCAUCAAGCAGCAGGGCGUCCGCUACGCCAACCCCAUCGCCUUCUUCCGCAAGGACCCGCUCAAGGAGUGCGGCCAGAUCCUCAGCAAGUACGACCUCAAGGACGCCACAGAGACGCCAUGAAAUCGAUCAUCUGCUGAUGCAUGCUGCUCGAUGGCAUGACGAACGCACUGCACGUAGAUACAGAUCGAGUUCACUGGGGCCCGCCCUUGACGGCCGGGCGCUUCCUUUGGGCCAGCACAUACUACGUAGUUACACCGUGUCCGGCCAGCCGGCAUCGGAGAAGAUGCAUGCUGAGUGUUUACUGCUGCCAUUUGUUUGUUCGGCCUGAUCAACUUGCAUGCACAUAUGCUGCUGUUCUUCUUUUAUUUUUUUGUCCUCUCGUCAUGUAACCCCUUGAUUAAGAUGUUCCCAAUCGAUUUGAUCAAUGU